GAGCGGGUUGACAGGUGUUUCGUUCUGGAAGCUGGGCCAUGGAUAUUGAAUUUUCGUUGGAAAGCGCUGCUUUCAUCGGUAUCUCGGCAUUAAUAUCGUUGAUUGGAUGGAUCAACUAUCGGGGUUUAGAAUAUGUCAUCAAAAAUUACCGAUGGGUAUUCGUUUGCCUGUUUUUGUUGCCAAUGUCCGUUGUCUACGAUUUCUUCAUGUACUUUCGAAAUUGGAUCGUCUUCCAGAUGAAUUCGGCCCCCAAACAACAUGACAAGAAAGUGAAAGAUGUUCAAGAACAGGUUAGGAAAUGGGACAGUGAUGGCUGCUUGAAGCAAAUGUGUACAGCUCGCCCAGGAUGGAUGACAAUCAGCUUUCGACAAGGUCUCUACAAAAAAAGCAGCCGCAAGAUAAAAGUUAACUUGGUGGAUAUCCUUGAAAUUGAUUCCAUCAAUCAGACGGUCAGAGUUGAGCCACUGGUCAGUAUGGGUCAAAUUUCUGCAUUCCUCAAUCCCCUUGGCUGGACUUUACCUGUCUUACCUGAACUGGAUGAUCUCACUGUGGGUGGUUUGAUUAUGGGAGUUGGUAUAGAGACGUCUUCACACAAACAUGGUCUGUUCCAGCACUGUUGUGUAGGCUAUGAGCUUGUCCUGGCCGAUGGCAAUGUAAUCAAGUGUUCAGCGACACACAACAAAGAGCUGUUCUACUCUGUUCCCUGGUCCUAUGGUACCCUUGGUUUUCUGGUUUCUGCCGAAUUAAAAAUCAUUCCAGCGAAGACCUUUGUAAGGAUGGAGUAUAAACCUGUUUAUACAACUGAUGAUAUGAUCGAAACGUUUGUAAAAGAAACUAUGAAAAUACAAAAUAACCAAUUUGUGGAAGGGCUGGUAUACUCCAAGAAUACUGCUGUUAUUAUGACUGGCAACCUCACAGAUGAAGCUGAUUUUGAUAAGAUUAACCCAAUUGGAUAUUUCUGGAAGCCAUGGUUCUUUAAGCAUGUGGAAGGGUUUUUGGAAAAAGGCCCUGAUGUAGAAUACAUUCCGAUCCGACAUUACUACCACAGACAUACACGGAGCAUCUUCUGGGAACUACAGGAUAUCAUUCCCUUUGGAAACAAUCCAGUGUUCCGGUAUCUGUUUGGCUGGAGUGUACCACCCAAGAUCUCCCUACUGAAGCUCACUCAAGGGGAAACAACCAAGCGAAUGUACGAGAAAUAUCAGAUUAUUCAAGAUAUGUUGGUACCUAUGGCUUCACUAAAAGAGGCUCUUGGAGUCUUCCAUGAAGAAAUCAAGAUGUACCCACUCUGGCUGUGCCCCUUCAAGCUGUACAACAAUCCUGGAAUGGUCCACCCAAACGGAGACCAGGAUGAGAUGUAUGUGGACAUAGGAGCAUAUGGUUCUCCCAAGGCAAUCCACUUUGAUGCCAUACCAACCACACGACGACUUGAGGCAUAUGUUACGAAAGUCAACGGAUUCCAGAUGCUUUACGCAGACACCUACCUGUCAAGAGAGGAGUUUCGUGCGAUGUUUGACCACUCCCUAUAUGACAGAAUGAGGAAUAAGUUAACAAACUGUGAGAGAGCCUUCCCAGAGGUUUACGACAAGAUCAACCGCAAAGUUAGAACAUAGGAAACCACAGAAAAGUCCCAACAUAGACAACAUCAUCAACAGAAAACCACAGAAAAGUCCCGACAUAGACAACAUCAUCAACAGAAACCACAGAAAAGUCCCAACAA